AUGGCUGAGACAAAUGUCAAAGAGGAUGGUGGUAAGCUGCAACAUGACUCUACAUCAGUGGAACCAUUUGAGACCGGACAUACAUGGGAAAAAGUAUUGUUUGGGGGACGGGUAAUUGAUAAAACGUUUCUACAGCAGUCGGUCAAUAAUCAAGGCUUAGCUUCGAUCGAAGCUUAUUUCGAACGGUAUACCAGACACUAUGGCGCUCCGCCUCAUUCGGUCUCCAAUCAGGAUGUGUGCGAUCUGCUGACUAGCAUUCGACACUUACUUGCCCCACCUGUCCGAUCCAAACCGGUGGAAUUACUCGAAUUAGCGGCCGAAAUUACUCAGGCGUUUGGUGGACUUCGUUUCACCAGUUGCAAAUCUGCCAAAGAUCGCACCGCUAUGUCAAUCACACUGGAACAAAUCCGUUGGCUUCAAAAAUCUGAAGGUAUGCAUGUGAACGACUUUCUGCCAGCCUUAAAAUGCCUAAGAAGCACCGGGCUUCGUUUGGAAAACGCGAUGAAAAAUGCCGGCGUGCGGAAGUACGCAUUCAAUCGUCUACAGCUACUCUCGUUCCCCAAACUUUAUCGUCCGCCGGUCGGAACGUUUGCCCCAGGAGUGAUGUCCUAG